AUGGAAAAAUACAAGGCAGCAUGGAAUCAUCUUGCAUUGAUGUAUUCCAACAACAUUUCUUAUAUAUAUGAUAUGACUAUAGAGUAUUACGGAUUGAAGCAAGAUGAUACAUAUCUAAGUCAAGAUUUUGAUGAGAUUGUAUGCAUUUCUCAAGAUCUCAACUCAUUACUUUUUUUAUUUACUAAUCUCCAACUAAUGCAGAAGCAAUGAGAUCGAAUGGCAGUGGUUAAGUUCCUUAGUGGGCUUCAUCUCGAAUAUAAGAGCAUUUGUAAUCAAGUACUAGCAAGGACUGAACUGCCAACAUUAUUGAAGCCAAUCAAUGUCUCUCCUUCUCUUUUAAGUCACAACACUCUAAAGACCACACCCCUUGUGGAGCACACAACCUUAGUGUCUACUCAACAACCCUCUUGUGGGCAUACUAAUAGUGAUUAUUCUAGGGACGGGGGAGUGGAGGUAGAGCAUCUAGAUAUCGCCAAAAAUCUGAGUGCACAUUACUUUUACAUAUGAAUGUCCCACUUGAAUUUUGAACUGGUGCUAUUCUUACAACCACCUACUUAAUUAAUCAAAUGUCAUCAUUAAUUGUAAAGCAAAAGACUCCAUAUUCUAUUCUUUAUCCUACUAGUCCAUCAUACAAUGUACCACCAAAGAUUUUUGGAUGUACAUAUUUUUUCCAUCAUUUAAAAUGAUGUCAAGAUAAAUUUAGUCCUAAGUUUGUGAAAUAUAUUUUCUUAGGAUACACUCAUACUCAAAAGGGAUACAAAUGUUAUUGCCUUCACUUCAUAGACACUUUAUUGCUAUUGAUGUUACCUUCUUUGAGACUAUCAUUUUCUUCACUAUGUCACAAUAUAUUAAUUCUCUGAAUGAAUCAUUACCUCCACCGUCAUUGUAGAGUCUAUCUUUGCAUAUAAUCCUAGUGUCAUUCCCAAACAAUUAGAUGAUAGGGUGAAAGAUACAUGUCCUCUAAUCACACAAGUAUACAUGUGGUGGAAUGCUCCCUUAGCACCUCUUGAGGCAUCUACUUCACAUUCAACCAUUUCUAUGUAUCAAGGACUAGAAGCGAGCACAUCGGUGACCAGUAAUCUUGAUUUCUAUAUUAUCUUAUGAAAAAAAAACGUUCUUGUAUAUACUAUCACAUCUAACUUUGUAUCAUAUCAUCACUUAUCUCUUAUCUACUCAACUUUUAUAUCUAUCUUAUCCUAUUAUCAUAUUCCUAAGAUUAUUUCAAAAGCACUAAGUCAUCUCAGAUGGUAUGCUGCUAUGAUUGAGGAGAUGGAGGUACUUGAGAACUAGACUUGAGAACUUGUCUCAUAUCCUCUAGGAAAGUCAAUUUUUGGCUGAAAAUAAAUCUUUACAAUUAAAGUUCGACCUAAUGGUAUAGUUGAUUAUUUAAAAGCUUGUUUGGUGACGAAGGACGACAUUCAAGUAUAUGGUGAAGAUUAUUUAGAGACAUUUUCUCAUGUUGUCAAGAUUACUUAUAUUUGUAUUGUGUUUUACCUUAAUAGUUCACUUCUCUUUACCUCUUUAUCAACUUGAUAUAAAUAAUACAUUUCUUCAUGGCAUAUACAAGAAGAGAUAUAUAUGACACAACCUCUAGGAUUCCAUGCACAUGGGGGCUCUAAUAUGAUUUGCUAAUCACACAAGCCCUUAUGAUUUGAAACAACCUCCUCGAGCAUGGUUCAAUGAGUUUAGCAACACAUUGAUCACUUUAUCUUUUAUCAACACUUUUUAGUUGAGUAUAUUAUUAGUUGUCUAUGUCAAAGACAUCAUUAUCACUAUGAAUGAUUAUAUUGGUAUAUCUCACCUCAACACUUUUUUAUAG